CGGUAAUGUACAAUACGGGGGUAACUCUCACCUUAUAAUCUAUGAUUUCCAGGCAUCCUUUAUACCUACAUACCUGUAGCUCUAUAUCGGCGUAACCCCGUAAUGACUAGCCUCUUCUUAGCCUUGACCUUAGCCCUGACCCUGAUAUCACUUAUUCCCUUUACCGAGUACAUUACAUACUACGCGGUAGUCAUUAGUGGUACCGUAUGUACGUAUUAUACAUACUCUACCCGAGCCGCUGCCCCAUACCCAUACCCAUAUCUCAUACCCAUAUCUCAUACCCAUACCUGUUACCCAUACAUGUGCUUUCCUGUCUAUACGAUAGCCAUACUCGGGCCAAUUCGCUCAUUAAUUACAAUUACAUACCUACAUCUAAUGUAAGUAAGUGACUAGGUAGGUACGUGCUUUCGUACUUUCCGCGGACGAGAACCAACACCAUGCCGUCGGAGCCGGUAUCUAGGUACCUAAUUUCCAUACCUGUACGUAUUUCUUUACAUACUACCUAGGUAGUAGUAGUAGUAGACUAGUAAGUAGUAGUAGAUGUCGCAAG